GCAUGCCGGCGAUGGUCCAUUUUACGCGUAACUGUCACGUAUCACAACGAGACAUCGACCACAGGAAAUAAACCACAGAAAACCCAUGAAGUACCAAUCUACUGCAUUCGUCCGCUGACCACCUUAAGCCACGUGCCGCAAAGAAACAAGUAUGGCGGAGAUGUGUGAACGAGAAGAAAUACUUCAAACUUUGGGGAAAAUUAGACUUGUCGGUGGAGAAUCGCUAGUCUCUGUACCUCCAGUAUUUAGCAAGGACUCUCGGAACCUUUUCUGUGCAUGUGGACGACACAUCCAUGUGUACAGCACAGAGACUGGCUCAUUACAGCACACACUCAAAGGACACACUUCACAAGUGGUUGGGAUCUCAGCAGACACAACAAAUGAGCUGCAGGUAAUCUCCUGCAGCGGCGAUGGUCAAGUGAUUAUGUGGGAUUUCAUGGACGGAGCAAUUCUUAAGAAAUAUGAAAUAGAUGCUCCUGUUUUUCGGCUGUACACACACCCAGCACAUGAACACUCCAUAUUUCCUGUCAUCAAGGAUGAGACAAGGAAAUACCAACUUGCUAGAUUUAAUACAAAGACAAUGGAUUUGGAUGAAGAAGUAGAGCAAGUGACAGACUUGAAUGAUUCUCACUCGCAAUUAGCCUUCAAUAAUAAGGGAUCCACAAUAGCAUUCAUUUCAAAGGGAAGAAAACAACUCAGACUGUUUAAAUUUAAAACAAAAGAAGUGAAAAAGUUCUCUUACAAAGGUUCUCAAUUCACAUGUGUGGCUUUUCAUCCAUCAAAGUCAUGUGUUGCUACCGGAGACCAGUUAGGUCGCAUCAUUAUUUGGAGUGGCUUACAGAAUGAAUCACCCAUCACAAUGGAGCUCCACUGGCAUGCUCAUCAGUUGGCCUCAUUGAAGUUCACCCAUGAUGGGUCUUACCUAUUAUCUGGAGGAGAGGAAUCAGUGUUGGUGUUAUGGCAGUAUCAGGCUCACACCAGACAGUUUUUACCUCGACUUGGAGCCCCUAUCACCAAUGUGGCUUGCAGUGCUGAUGAUAUGAGCAUUGUUGUCAGUCACACAGACAAUGUUAUACGAUUAAUCUCUGGGGUUGACCUGAACAUCAAGCAUACAAUCCAGGGUCUUAGAAAAGCUUCUUACUUGAGCAAGCAUCUGGUAUUUGACCCGCGCACCCAGGCACUAGUCAUGAACUGCAUGCCUGGAGUUCUUCAGUUUUACCUUCCCAGGGAUGACAAGACAAUUUUCCUGGUGGAUGUUGUGAAGCAGAACUUUGUUUCACAGACUGAUGAUGAGAAAUUAUAUUUUACACAAGUUCAGCAUGUGGCAUUUAGUAAAACAGGGGAUUGGAUGGCAACGGUUGAACACAGAAAUGACCACUGCACAACUGAAGAAACAAGGCUGAAGUUUUGGAUCUUUGAUACUUGUACCCAAAGCUAUUCAGUAAAUACCAUAGUUGAUGCACCUCAUAGCCAGUCAGUGGUAGCAGUCCAAUUCCAACCAGCAGUAGUGCCUGGGACUCCACCCCGUGCCAUAACUGCUGGGCUUGAUGGCAAAUUCAAAAUGUGGUCUGUACAACAAGUUUCAACUGUCUCAGGAGAGAAGCAGGAAUGGACAUGUCAAUCUAUUGGCUACUACAAUGACAUGCCUUGUGUUAGUACUGUCUUCUCUGAAGAUGGGACGAUUCUAGCAGUAGCAUAUGAACAGGUUUUAACUCUUUGGAAACCAGAAACAAAUUUACUUCAAAAGGUUUUGCACAUACCAUUUCCUGAUGAAAAAAUUUGGCAUAUGGCAUUUGGUUUUCAAGGCUCUUCACACUUUUUAAUGGUGGCCACGACAAGAUUCCUUAUGGUCUGGAAUCUUCUAACAUGUACAGUGAUGUGGGCAAUAGAAGCUAAAGUCAAAGUGCUCUUAGCCGACCCAAACACAAACUACUUUGCAGCUUUUAUUGUGUUUGAUGGAGAGACGCACUUGUACCUAUUCGACCCAGCCAGCCCUCUCCCACUUGGACUGCACUCCUGUGUCAGCAAGAAAAGCCCGGUUUUUAAUGCUGCCUUUGACCCCAAGUCUAAACCAGCCACCACACACAGAGAGAAGGCAAUACCCAUGUCUAAACUCUACUUUUUUACUAAAAAGCAGGAGCUGUUCACUAUUGACAGAGAUGGGGAUGGUGAUGGGGAGAAGGCUGUAGAGCAGGUUUUUAUACUGAAGAAUAUUGCUGAGCAGAGAGCAGAAUUCCUCAAAAUGUUUUCUCAAGAUUCAAGAGCAGUCAGUGAGUGCCGCCUCAGUGAGAAAGCUAGUUAUGGAGAACGUACGUCGGCGACCGUGCGUCAGAUGAUGAAUACCCCUGCUCAUGUACUGCCAGCCGUCAGCGUGCUCUGCGCAAGCUUCCUUAAGUCUCUGCUGGCCCCAGAUGCUAUUCACAGUCAAAACCCAAGUAUGGAGGUGAACACCGAUAAAGAAAUGGAAUCAGAAGAUGAAGAUGGGGAACUGCUGGACUCAGAUGAUGAAGGUCCCCAAGUUCCGAUCUCCCGAUUUGAUGCUGAUUCAACUAUCUCGUGCACUGAAACCCGCCAUAAGGUCCAUAAAGAAGACAUUGGAUCUUAUGAUUUUUCCUGGAUGAAAAGCUUGUUUAUCUAGAGACAAAUGUCAAGAUCUUGUCACGAGCUAUAGAGGACGCGCACAGUUGUAUAACUUGUACAGAUAAUGAAUAUUUUAAUAAAAAUGAAUGAAUAUUUACACAA